UCCUCCUGCUUUUCAAAACGUGGCUGCCCUUGCACGACCUGCAUCAUAAAGCCAACUUACACAGUUGGAAAAAGGGCACGCAUGAACUCGGUCCCAACCGGGACUCUCUCUCUCUCUUUCUCGCCGUUGUUUGUCCCUUCUCAUUGGUUCUACUUCCUUCUCGACCUCCGGCGCUCGCGAUCUGGGGCUUGGAAUCGCUCUCAAUCUCUCGUUGCUGGGGCUAUUGGAUCGAAUUUGGUUGGGUUUUCAAAUUGGAAUUGGGGGAAGUCAGGAAUUCAAUUUUGUUGAUUGUUGGGUUGUGAUCGAGGAUGGUGAUGUCUAAUUCUCCGGGGGCUUGCUCGUUGCCUUGUUCUCCUGAGGAGGAGAAGGAGAUCGUCAAGGAGUUGAUUAGGGUCUCAGAGGCCAAUUUGAAGGAAGGGGAUGUGUUUUGCCUUAUUUCCAGCAGAUGGUGGAGGGAAUGGAAGGAGUAUGUGGGAUUUGAUGAGAAUGUGGAACAUUCAAAUUUCGCCAAGAAACAAAAAGACGUUCUGCAUGCUCCUGUCAGACCUGGGGAGAUAGAUAAUUCAGAGCUUAUUUUGAAUGAAAUGAACAAGGAAGGUGAUUUCUUAGAUCUUCGUGGGAAUCUACAAGAAGGGGAAGACUAUGAUCUGGUACCACUAGAAGUUUGGAAGAAGCUUGUCGAAUGGUACAAUGGAGGGCCUGAAAUACCUAGAAAGAUUCUGUCUGAAGGUUAUUAUAGCAAGAACUUUUCCAUUGAAGUUUAUCCUCUAUGCCUUUGUCUAGUUGAUGCAAGAGACAAUUCUGAAAGAACUAUCAGGAUUAGUCGGAAGGCAUCAGUCGGUGACCUGUACAAAGUGGUUUGCGCAAUGCUUGAACUAGACGAGACAAAGGUUCUAAUUUGGGAUUAUUUUAAGAGAAAUAAAAGCUCUAUGCUGACUAAAAUGGAUCAGUCUCUGGAAGAAGCCACACUGCAUAUGGACCAGGAGAUUCUUUUGGAAGUACAAGUUGAUGGGCUGUGGCCCUCUGAUUUUGGAAUGGAUUCAACAGGUAAUGAAUUGGCUUUAGUUCCAAUAGAACCAUCAAGAUCUUCCAUGUCGAUUGCUGGUGGCCCUACUCUCUCAAAUGGACAUUCUUCUCGGUUUGGUUCUUAUCUCUCACCGGGGAAUAGCUUUAGUUCGUCACAGAGGGAUUCAGAGGAUGUUGAUGAUAUCUUAAGCAAUGGGACAAAAGUAGAUGGUAGAGGACUUACUGGGUUGCAUAACCUGGGCAACACUUGUUUCAUGAAUAGUGCUAUUCAAUGUUUGGUGCAUACUCCCCCUCUGGUUGAGUACUUCCUGCAGGACUAUAGUGAAGAAAUAAACAAGAAAAAUCCUCUCGGAAUGCAAGGUGAGCUUGCAAUUGCAUUUGGUGAUUUAUUAAGGACGCUAUGGUCAUCUGGAAGGACGUCAGUUGCACCACGCGCAUUUAAAGGAAAACUUGCUCGAUUCGCUCCUCAGUUUAGUGGUUAUAACCAACAUGAUUCACAGGAACUUCUUGCAUUUUUAUUGGAUGGUUUACAUGAAGAUUUAAAUCGUGUGAAAAACAAGCCAUAUAUUGAAGCAAAGGAUGCAAAUGGUCGUCCUGAUGAGGAGUUUGCUGAUGAAUGUUGGGAAUAUCAUAAGGCUCGCAAUGAUUCUUUGAUUGUUGAUAUCUGCCAAGGUCAAUACAAAUCAACAUUGGUAUGCCCAGUUUGCAGAAAAGUUUCAGUUACUUUUGAUCCUUUCAUGUACUUGUCUCUGCCACUGCCUUCAGCUAUUACAAGGAAAAUGUCAGUAACUGUAUUCUCUGGUGAUGGAAUUGCCCUUCCAAUGCCUUACACAGUAACUGUUUCCAGAAAUGGUUGCUUUAGGGAUCUUAUUCAAGCCUUGAGUAUUGCAUGUUGCUUGAAAAGUUAUGAAGCUUUAUUGGUCGUAGAGGUGCAUGAGCAUAAAAUAUACAGAUUCAUGGAGAAUAUGUUUGAGCCACUUUCUGGUAUCAAAGAUGAAGACUAUCUCGUGGCAUACAGGCUUCCCUCAAACUACAAUAAAUUAAGGAGAAUCGAAAUAUUACACAGGAGUGUCGAAAGAUGUGCACCUGAAUUGCAAUACAGUUUUUCACGGAAGCUUCUAGGAACACCACUUAUCACGUGUUUAGGAGAAGGUGCUGAUUCAGGGGCAGAUAUACAUGCUGCAGUGAGAACUGUGCUUACACCUCUCCUGCGAGCAAAAGAACUUCCUUCUCAUCGAGCCAAAAUCAUCAAUGAAAAUGGCUGUGGACCUAGCUUGGACGCAAUCGCGCUUACAGAUAAUCACACACUUCCGAAUGGAAAGGAUUUGUCAGCACACAGCAUGGAAAUUGAGACAACAGCUAACGGGUCCCCAUCCCUCCAACUUGUCAUGACUGAUGAAAGAGGUAUCAGUGGAAUCACGGUCAAUGAUGAUAUCACUUUUGUUGCUCCGGUAUCUUCCAUAAAGCUAUUUUUAAACUGGUCACAAAGAGAACAUGAGAUUUAUGAUGCCAGUUACCUUGAGAAUCUUCCAGGAGUUCACCAUAGUGGAAAUAAGAAAACUCGGCAAGAGCCUGUCUCUUUGUUUUCAUGUCUGGAUGCAUUUUUGAAGGAGGAACCUCUUGGUCCUGAGGAUAUGUGGUAUUGCCCUGCCUGCAAGGAGCACAGACAAGCAACGAAGAAGUUGGAUCUCUGGAGGUUACCUGAGAUUUUAGUUGUACACUUGAAGAGGUUUUCAUAUAACCGAUUUAUGAAGAAUAAACUCGAAACAUUUGUGAACUUUCCUGUGCACAAUCUUGACUUAACCAAGUAUGUGAAGAAACCCGGUUCCGCAGAAUCCCAUCUAUAUGAGCUUUAUGCGAUAAGCAACCAUUAUGGUGGAUUGGGUGGUGGUCAUUACUCUGCCUAUGCAAAGUUGAUAGAUGAGGACAGGUGGUACCACUUUGACGAUAGUCAUGUUUCCCCAGUGGGUGAGGAUUCAAUCAGAACCUCUGCAGCUUAUGUUUUGUUCUAUCAAAGAGUAAAGUAGAAUCAAGAAUGGCAGCAUCGGAAUCAUCGGCAGGUUUAAUUCAAAUUGAAGAAUAGAACACAGUGAAGUGCAAUGGGCGCAGCAGCUUGAUGUGUUACUGUCUAUGUUUUGUCCGAUCCAUUCAUUGUGUUAUUGUCACUACCCCCCUCUUCAAUCAACUGAAUAUAAAGUAUAUACAAGUAAUAGCAGGAAGAGAGAAACAUUUUUAUCAUCCUACAUAGAGGCAGAUGAUUUUGUUCAUCUAUUGCCCAUACCAAAAGUUUUGGACAUGGUACUAACAGUUGCCAAGGGUUCAUCUUUGCAACUGGCUAAAAUACAUUAUCCGCAGAGCAGGAUUUGAAGGUUAUCCUUAUUUGUUUGUAUGUUUUGGUGUGUGGUCAACAAGCAUUCAUAUCAAAAUUUGCUCAUCCCCAUUGAUUAAGUUUAGAAAUUCUAAAUUUUCCUGUUAACUCCCUUGUCGGGGAGGGCUUCACUUUUUAUCGAUGGCCGGCAGGAUGUACAUCAAUUGGUUGGCUUUAUGGUUGGAUUUUGUUUUUUAA